AUGGCAGGAACUAUGGAAGACCAGCUGCUGCAGCUGCUGGCGGAUACACAGCUUCCCGCCGAGGGACCGCGCAAGCAGGCGGAGGAGCAUCUGCAGCACGCGCAGAGCAAUCCCGCAUUUCCUGGAAGUUUGGCCGCUAUUGCAACCCACUCGAGCGUAAGCGGGGAGAUCAGACAGGCCGCGUUGCUGCUAUUGAGGACCUUUGUGGAGAAGAAUUGGAGUGGGGAGAACGAGGACGGUGUGGUCGUGCCCAUUAGUGACCAGACCAAGGAGCAACUGAGGAUACAGAUGCUGGAAUUGGCAACAAGUGGUGAUGCGGAUAGGAAAAUUAAGAGCGCAGCUAGUUACGUUGUGAGCAAAAUCGCAAAUGUCGACUUUCCAGACCAAUGGCCAAAUCUUCUCCCAGCUCUCCUUCACCUCAUCCCAAAUGCUACCGAUUUCCAAUUACACGGGGCACUCAAAGUGCUUUCAGAUCUCGUCGAUGAUUCCCUCAGUGAAGACCAGUUCUUUGCAGUAGCACGCGACAUUGUCAAGGUUGUCUACGAUGUGGCUGUCAGUGAAACCCGAAAACCACUCCUGCGUGCUCUUGCAGUUUCCGUUUUCCGUGGCACAUUUGAUAUUAUGGAUAUGGUGAAGGACGAACAUGGACCGGAAGUCAAGGGUUUUGCAGAUGAAGCUUUGACAGCCUGGUCCCCAUUCUUUAUGGAAGUUAUGAAGAAGUCAUUGCCUGCUAGACCAAAGGGCGGAGACGAGGGAUAUGAGAGCGGUAGAGAAGAUAAGCCGGACGCCUGGAGAGGUAUAAUCGCCCUCAAGCUGCAAGUUGUCAAGACUUUGAUGAAGAUUCGUUCUGUCUUCCCACAGCUACUACUACCGCAAAGUCCAGUUCUGUUUAGUGCGACCUGGGAAGAGCUUUCGAUCCUCCAAAGUUCAUACAAGGAUAUGUACGUGGAUAACGACGAGCAAGGACGUCUGGAAGAUGCUGACGGAUUGCCGUAUACUUUGGACUUUUUGGUUCUGGAAGAGCUUGACUUUUUGCAAUCAUGUCUGAGAGCGCCUCCUGUCCAGAAGGAGCUCGAGUCGCAAAUACAACAACACUCGGGAGUUUCAGCAACACCUUGGGUGAUGGAUGUUAUGAAGUUGGCUGUUGGAUAUGCACAGAUCCCCAAGGAAGAGGAAGAUCUUUGGGAUAUUGACGUGAAUCUCUUUUUGGCAGAGGAGACAUCUGUCACCGCGAAUUAUACGGCGCGUACAGCUUGCGGCGACUUACUCAUCAAACUCGGGGAAUGGCUUCACCAAGGAGCUCUCGAAGGCCUUCUGGCCUAUACACAAGUCCUCUUUGCAUCCGAGGGUGCAACAUGGAGGACCAGAGAAGCUUCUUUGUUUCUCUUGACCCAACUCAUGAACGAUUUCUUGGAUGUAGACAAGACGGUUCAACCCGAGGUUGCUGGUGCUUACUUGGGAUUGAUCGAUUACGCUAUCAAUAGAGAGGAUGAGCACCUUCUCCGUGCUCGAGGAUAUUUGGUGGCGGGUAUCCUUGUCCAAAGUCUCCCAGAUGUCGCUCUUGGUUUGCUUGACCGCACCAUUAAGAGUGUGAACCAUGACGAGGCCGAAGUCGUCAAGGUUUCUUGCAUCAAAGCUCUUCAGGGAUUUAUCAAGGCGCGCACUGUUCCGGCUGAUCGUCAGCUUCCGAUCGUUGCAUCGAUCUCGGAGUUUUUGUACGCAAAGGACCUCACGGAUCUCGAAGAUGCAGACGACCUUCUUGUUACAUUGGUCGAAUCAUUACGCGCUGCCAUUGGACUUGAUUCAAGGAUCACCAUCGAAGGCGACAGUGGAGCACUUGAUCUACUCUUCGUUCUUGCCAAGCAUGGAGCAUCAAACUUCAUGUUGACCAUGUUGGUCAGUGAAACAUUCGAGGAGAUUGUUGGCGCCUUGGCUGGUGGAGAUUCAUACACUGUAUUGUGUGCAAAGGUUUUGCCAUCCCUGACUGGGGCAUUUGAUGUCGGAAAUAUGACGGGUGAUAAUCCGUUGAUUGAGCUUGCCACCGAAUUACUCGCAGUCCUCACCGAGAAUGGUUCAGAGCCUCUGCCACCAGGAUAUGUGGCAGCAGCUCUGCCUAAGCUCAACCGACUGCUCAUGGCUACUACUGAGGGAGGUGUUCUACGGCCAGGUGUUGAGGCAAUCAAAUUCAUGCUCAUGCACGGCCAUCAACAAGUCUUCGCAUGGCACGACGAUUCGAAUAGGUCCGGUCUUGAAGUCUGCUUGAUUAUCAUCGACAAGCUUCUUGGCCCCACAAUCGAGGACAAUGCUGCUUCAGAAGUUGGCGGUCUUGCAGCAGAACUCGUCGAGAAAGCUGGCCAAGAGCGUCUUGGUCCUUAUUUGGAGCAGCUGUUGCGAGCUGUUGCUUCACGGUUGGCCACUGCUGAAGCCGCACCAUUCAUCCAAUCUCUCAUUCUGGUCUUCGCCCGCCUGUCUUUGGUCGGUGCCCACGACGUUGUUGAGUUCUUGUCACAGAUUGAGAUCAAUGGCCAAAAUGGACUCCAAGUUGUACUCAGCAAAUGGCUCGAAAACUCGAUCAACUUUGCCGGAUACGAUGAGAUUCGUCAAAAUGUCAUCGCCUUGUCCAAAGUCUUUACUCUCAACGACCCACGAGUCGUCCAAACAAUGGUAAAGGGCGAUUUGAUCGUCCCAGUCAGUGAUCGAAUUAUGACCCGCUCAAAAGCCAAACUCAAUCCCGACCAAUUCACCAUCAUCCCUGCCCCCCUAAAAAUCCUUAAAGUCCUCAUCGAAGAGCUCCUAUCCGCCUCGGGAAUGGCGAACGCCGCGACAGCCGCCCAAGCAGCCGCCGAGUACGCCGACGAAGGGGCCUCCGACGACGGUUGGGAAGACGUGCCUUCCACUCUCGACCUCGGUCUCGGGACGACAAAAGCCGAACUCAUGGCGUACGGCGAAGGACAAGGCAGUUUCAUGCGACAGAGAGAUGACGAGACGCAAGCUUAUCUGACGGAGUUUUUUAUCCGCGCUGGGAGAGAGAACAUUGCGGAUUUCAAUGGGUUGUAUGAGGCUUUGAGUGGAGAGGAGAAGGGGAAGCUGCAGGAGUUGGCGCAGGGUGCUUGA